GCGAAGCUUAUCCCAAAGCCUGAAGUGCAUCAUGGCGCCAUGACUUCACUUCCCUCCGGGCUGGCGUCCUUGAAAGACUUCCCGCUGCCGCCCUUGGUGCACCCCGAGACUCUGCUGGCGGCAGCCAAGAAAUGUGCCGAGUUCGGGGGUGACAAGGAGCUGUUGGAUGCCGCGGCGCUGGCAGGCAUCUUGCUGCAGGCUCAUGCCCUGAGGGCUCAUCGAGAGCUGGCAGAGGCCGGCAUCGCGCCUCCGGGGGUCGAAGAGGCUCUUCCACCGUCGCGGCCGGCUCCGCCCCCGCCACCCGAACCAGGCCCACGGGAGCCUGAGGUGGAAGUACCCGAUGCUCAGCUUAGCCUGCAAGCAAAGCAGGCCAUGGCGGCCGCAGCGGCCACAAACUUGAGAAUCAGAAAGCAGGCGCCGCCCGAGCCGGAGCCAUUGCCGGAGCUGCCCCCGCCUCCGAUGCCCAAUGGCCAGGCGGCGAUUGCGCCAAAUUUGGCCGUCUUGAACAUGGUGCCGCAGGGUAUGGUUGCACCUCGCAUGGUGAUGCCAGCCCAGAAUGCGCCGAUGCCACAAGCCCCGAGGCGCAGGCCAGCAGACACUUUUCGAGAGGCCGAGCCCCGCGAGGAACGGGUGGAAGAGAAGCCUCCGGAGGAGGAACUGUCAGAACACCUGGAACACCAUCCGAAGGUCCCCAUCCAGGAUAGCGAGCCGAUUCGCUGCCACUUCCACCGGAAGCCCCAGCUGAACUGCAGGAUUUGCCGAAGAGUGUACUACUCGGCCAUAGAUCCCGCGCAGAAGAAGGAUGAUAAGAAAUCGGAGAAGAAGGAGGACGAAGCUCUCGGAGUCCGAAUGCGCGGGGCGGAGGCGUUCGAAAUCACCAACAAGCAGACCUACAACUUCAAUUCUAUGCUGCGAGACCAGAUCUUGAAGAAUACCUACUUCAAGACGCUGGUGAAGAUCGAUACCUUUGAAGGCAUCAUGGAUGAAAUGUACCAGUACGUUGAGACCGCCGAGACCUACGGGGGAGGUUCAACGACGGUACCUUCCAGCCUUUUCUGCUGCCUCUACCGGCUCUUCACCAUUGGCCUGUCCUAUGACGAGCUGAACCUGCUUUGCGAGUCCAAGGAUUGGCCGUACAUCCGGUGCUGCGGUUUCUUGUACAUCCGCUUCGGGUGCGCGCCGGAGAAGCUGUGGGACCUCCUUGGGGAGUAUUGCGUGGACGAUGAGGAGUUUGAACCUUCCAAGUCCACUCCGGGCUUCACUGUCACCAUCGGCGAGUAUGUAGAGUCCUUGCUCAUGGACGAGCGCUACUACUACUCGACCUUGCCGCGCAUCCCCAUGGGCGUGAAGAAGAAGAUCGAGGAGAAGGUCGCGCCCCUGGGACAGUACAGAAAGCGAGCUGCGCAGAACAAGAGCACCCUGCAUUUGUUCAAGGAGCCUGGCACUGCGGUGGAGGCUUGCCGGGACAACGGCGUGUGGGUGCAAGGCGCCGUAGUUCAGGUGAUCGAGUCUAUCUCCACCCGCAUCUCUGUCAGAGUUCUGGCCAACGGCAAGGAGGAGGUAUACCACUUGGGCCGAGUGAUCCUGCGCGCCAAAGCUGCGCCAAUUCCCGUAGCCGAGCCGGAGAGCGAGGAGCGCGACCGGAGCCGGAGCCGCAGUCCGAAGCGCGAAGGACGCUCCGGGUCCCCGGACCUCACGCGAAACCGGGGCCAGUCUCUGGACGAAAUGCUGGAGGAGUUGCGUGCCAAGCAGAGGGAGCGUGCUGUGUGCAGUACUGGCAAGGACUAUGCCAGAAAGCCCAUUGGCUUCAUGUCCGGCCUCGCCAUGAAGCGCGACGUGGGCCAAGCCUCCACCCGGCUGAGGGAGGAGGAGACCUAUGCGCCGCGCCAGGUGGAGCACAGGAAGCAGAUGGCAGAGGAGCUGAACUUGGGCCGGCCUGAGACGGAGCGGGACCGAGAGCAGCAGCUUCUGAAGCAGCAGCUUUUCGAGAAGUAUGGCAACAUCAAUCCAAGAGCCGUCACCAAGGAGCAGCAGCCCGCGGACUUUGAAGAGGAUUCCGCGCGCUUGCGCCUGGGCUGAGCGAUGGACAAAAUCGCCGAGUGCGAUAGCCAAGGGUCAGCCAA